AUGGCCAGGUUAAGUCACCUGCUCCUCCUGAAGCCCGGUAGGAAGCCUAAAUGGAAGGAAAAUGGCUGCAAUAAGCCGAGAUCGUCGCACCAGCGGAAGCCAGAGGUCUGCCCGAAGACGCAAAUGACACGCAAGCUGACGAAGUGGUAA